GAGUCGUGUACGGUCCCCGAUACGAGAACGAGCACGUUGCCGACGUCGUGUGCAGUCGCGCACAGGUCCGUCGCAGUGACAGCUGUGCACGUACGUCGCUUUUGAAGUUUGUUAUGACAAAGAACGCACUACCGGCCACGACCGGUCGCCGACCAGCCGCGUACUCGGUGGAGAGAUCGUCGUCGUCGUUGUCGUCGUCAGCGUUAUUGUUGUCGUCGUCACGGUCGCCGUUGUCAUCGUCGUUGUAAACGUGCGAUUGAAAGUGUUGGUUCUCCCGUUCCCCGUUCCCGUCGUGACGAGGAGCUGCUGAACAACAGCGAGGGUUUUCGGUGAGGUGGAUUCGAGGUCGUCGCGGGAACAACGAGCGCGAAGAUGUGGUGCCUCGUCAGUCAAGCCAAUUCCGUCAUCCUCGAGGUGCAGGUCGACCCGAAGGCGAUCGGCCAGGAGUGUCUCGAAAAGGCCUGCGACUGCCUGGGAAUCAGCAAGGAGUGUGAUUACUUCGGGCUGAAGUACCAGAACGCAAAGGGCGAGGAGCUCUGGCUGAAUCUGAGGAACCCUAUAGAGCGGCAGACCGGUGGUGGCGUGGCGCCUCUAAGAUUCGCCCUGAGGGUCAAGUUUUGGGUGCCACCUCACCUGUUGCUACAAGAGGCUACCAGGCACCAGUUUUAUUUGCACUCUCGCCUCGAGCUGGUCGAAAGUAGGUUGAAGGUCUCGGACUGGAGCUCCGUGGCUCGUCUGGUGGCCCUCAUAGCACAGGCCGAUGGUGGUGAUUACGAUGCACUAUCACCGCCGCACGCACUUUACUCCCAAUGCUGUCAUAUACAACCCACAGAGCCGUGCGAGCCGAAACCCCAGGAUUUUCUACAUCGAAUAGUUCAGCAGCACAAGGAAAUUAAGGGAAUGAAAGCUUCAACCGCUGAAUAUUGGCUUUUGAAAGAAAUAUCAAAUCUCGACACGUUCGGCCAGGAAAUGUUUCACAGUAAAUUUGGAUACAAUGGAGUGUCUAUGAUUGGUGUUGGUCCACAUGGAAUUACGGUUUACCGCAAUCAGGAUGAAGAGACACAAAACAUACCGUAUACAGCCAUACAAAGUGCUACGUCACAACGGCGAAUGUUCCAUUUGGUUUACCUCUCACUCGACGGCGAGGAGACAUCGUUGGACUUUAAAUUAGACUCGAGUCAGUCCGCCAGCGGACUUUAUAGAGCGAUCACCGAGAAACACGCGUUUUACAGCUGCGAGACGGUUAGAAGCGCAGUCACCGCGCAGUUUAUCCGCGAUUUAAAGGGGACAAUAAUUUCCAUCUUUAACGAGGACUCGACUCUGGGCAAAAAAUACGUGUUCGAUAUACGCAGGACCUGCAGGGAGGUCUACGACAAUGCACGGCGUGCGCUUUAUUGCGAGGCGGCGACCAUCGCUUUGCCGGAAGAGAAUGAAAUCCUCGAGAGGCACGCGUGCGGGGAGUGCGAGAAUCCCAAGUGCAAGGAAUCCCGGGAAUGCUUGGCGAGAUUACUCGACGCAAUGCUCUGCCGGAUCUGCAUGGAUCGAAGCCUGGACACCGCCUUGUUUCCCUGUGGACACGCUGUGGCCUGUUUGGAUUGCGCUCGUCGUUGCGAACGUUGCCCGUUGUGUCGGGCCGACAUCGACUACUGCCGAACGAUAUACCUCCCGAUCGAGCUGACGCACAUCGACAAGCACAACCCGAAACUGCUAUCAGAAACGAUCGAGCCUGUAUUCAGCAAGCCGUUGUCCGAGGAGAUAAAAGAACGGAAUUUUGGCAGCGAGACGUCGAUCAACAGCAAUAUUUGAGAAUAUCGAGUUAGACGCAGGCUGGGCGCGUUCGAAAGAUUCCUGAGGAUUGUUACUUGUCGUGCAGGAAGAGCGUAUUGAGACACGAGGCACUUUCAUCUGUCAAGCGAGCAAGGAUCUUUCGAUGUGGGAUAUCCCACGAUAACGACAUUAAAAUCCGAUUGUCAGAGUCUUUAUCUCGCGCGACAAUUUCGAUUACAUAGGGUCGUGUGUUUUUUAUCAUCAUUGAACAAUGUAUUGCCUUUUCUGUUAUUUUACAUUUAUCGAUUUAAAAUUCGUAAGAAGAAGUACACAGAUAAAGAUGCAGAUGCAAGAUACGUAAGAUCACCAUAAUCAUAUUUACAUUGUGUCAUUAUCAAUAGAAUAACCAAUUGUUGCAUCGUCGCUUAAUUUGAAAUGAAUAGAAAAUAUCUUUUCACAUAGAGAUACGUAUUUUGAUUUCGGUCGUCUCCCUUCAAUAAAAUAGAUAGUUAUAAGUUACAAUAAAACUAUAUGCUACAUAGAGGAAAACUUUUUUGGUUCUCCAACCAAAGAAAAAAAACUAUACGUUAUUCAAUAAUAGUUUUUUAAGCUAAUUCUUUUGACUUUGAAUUAAUAAACAGGGUGAAUGAUUUGAAAAUACUGAAAUCGAGAACUGAUUUUAUGGCUCUGUGAUUAAAACUGAUAUUGUUACGGGAAGCCGUAAGGGAGGAAGAAAGAGAGAUACAUGCACGAAGGUAUUAAAGAUACAUUUAAUGAGAGAAUCGGAAUUGUUGUUACAUUACAUCUACAUAUUCGUAAUGAUGUUACAAAACAAAGCCCGUUUAAUCGAGUGGCCGAAAAGUGCUAUUAGCAGCAUGGAUCUACGGGAAACAGUGCUGCCCCUCCCCCCCCUUUGCCCAUGUGUGAAAGAUAUAAAUUAUAUUAAGACGAGAGAUCUCUCCGAGGCACCUCUCUGAGGUGCGGAAUUUUAUUUCUACCUGACGAUUGGACCAGUACUUUUCUUGUUAUUUCAUGAUCUUUCUUAAUGCUUUUGUUCCUCUUAGAUAGAUUGUACGCUUUUUUUUUCUCUCGUAUGUUUGCUCUGAUCUAGAUAACACUUGCAGGUUACUUGGGUCGGCAGUUUUAUCGGAAUCAGUGACCCAGCAUAUUUUUACUAUAACAUUCGUUACUCAUAACGCAUAUGCAAUAUCGCGUUUACAAAACAACUGUUACAACGUAGUUGCUUCUAACGGAUGUUUCAAUAAAGUGAAUAAAAUUUGAAUCGUGCUGAUAUAUAUAUAUAUAUGUAUGUAUUUCUCUUACGAUUGCAAUGAUUACGUGCAACAUACGAUAUGUGCUUGGAGUAUAUUGCGUACUGCAUCGUUACUUUUAACUGGAUCGUAGAUUGUGACGAUAAAGGCAACACAAUGUGGACAUCACAUUUAUACAUACAUAUAUAUCGUGGAUCUAUUUUUAUCAUAGCGGAACAAGUAGAAAUUAAAAUAUAUAAUCACUGCAGGAUUAUUAGCUCGAAGCACGAUACCCCUUGCGAGUUAUAUCCUGUCUUCUUUUUCCUUUUUGCUGAAGCAUCUUACGCGUAGAAGAAACUUUAUUACCAUAAUAUCUGUUUAUAAAUGUACAUAUAAGAAACGAGAUAACCCGCAGCAGUAAGGUCAAGUGAGUAAAAGUCACGAGUUCACCAAAUGUCAAAUCUGAUUUAACAUACUAUGCGCGUACGUCAUCCUUCGAGUAAGUCAUAAUAAAAGCGAAAUGAGUUAAUUGUCUGUGCUUUCCACCUAAAAACUAUAUCGCGGAAUAAGUCAACGGCAUUUGUCGCAUCCAAAGAAACCUGAAGGAGGGCCAUUUCUAAAGAAAAACUUGUCGCACGUUCUCGUUUAUGCGUACCGAUCUAUAUUAAAAUUCAAGACAUCAAUCUUCCUCCUUAUUUCCGGUCAUGCCAUCUCUAACGAAUUAUUUUUAACAUCCAGCAAGUAGCAUUCUGUAAACUUUGUACGCGUGAUAGUGAAACUGAUAGAGAAAGAGGAAGAGAGUGAGAGUGAGAGAGAGAGAGAGAGAGAGAGAGAGAGAGAAACAGAAAGAAUGAAAAAAUAAUGAUAAUCGUUAUAGUCAUUCAUCAAUGCAAAGCAGAUUUAGUUUAUAAUUAUUUAUAAGAAAAAAUAUAUAACGUAGUAUUUACACGCUGCUGUGUUUAAUAAUGCCUUCCGAGAGACUCUUUUUGAGCCACAGUGUAGCCUUUUUUCCGUUCGAGUGCAAGCGCAAAGUCUAAUAUUCUCUAUAUUAUUAGAAAAAUUAUGCAAUUUUGUAGCACACCUCUAAGCACACCACGUCAAUAUGAUGGCGAGGCUACACUGUUUCUGCGAGACCAGAGUAUUGACCAUUUGAGUGAUUUACCUUGUUUUAGAUAUUAAUAUGUGAAAAUUAACGACGUGUAUAAAAUGUUAAGUCUAGAUCGUGUUAAUGCAAUUCAAUGCAAUGCUACAACAGACCACUGCUGUCACAGACAGGAUAAGAUAUUCCCGGUGCGAAACGAAACUCGCUGCGAAUCAACCUAUUCGCCGCAGUAUCUGGAUGAUGACAAUUAUUUUCGAGGAUGUAACUCUUCCCAGCACGCGUUCUUCAGGAAAUAGUGGUCUGUAGUUGCAAACGUGAAAAAUGAGAUAACUUUGUACCAUUACUGCGUGUCGAUAGGCGUAAGAUUACUAAUAACGACGGCAACAAUAAUAAUUAUUAUUAACGCAUUACCAAUAAUAAUUUCUUGUGAUUAAAUCUCUGUAUAAAACCGUAUAACAAAAAUAAUUCAAAAUAUUAUAGCUGAUAAAUCCGUAUUGUAGAGAUGACAAUGAGAGAGAGAGAGAGAGAGAGAGAAAGAGACCGAAGACAAGAGAACGAAAGAAAGAGUGCGUGUAUAUUUCUAAAAGUUAUCAUUUGCACAAAGAGUAUUUUUAAAGUAUUUCCAAUUAUUUUUUAGUAUUAUAUCGGAAUUCCAUCGGGUGAGACGGUGGGAAUGCGCGUACAUAUGAAGAUACCACAACUUACAAGAUAUAACUCUUAGCGUUCAACACAAUGUCCCAAAACCUGUUGAUUAAAUACUGUGAAACAUCGAAA